GGGGAGAAGUGUGGAGGGGGUGAGGAUUGCGUAAUUGGAUGCUGUCGGCGGUAAGGAGGGAGGAUGCCAGAAGGGGGCUAGGAAGCAUGGAGGAGGAAAUCGAGCUCGAGGAAGGCGAGGCGUACUCCAGUCAGGAGGAAGACCGCAGCAUCGAUCCCGAUGCUCUCUCCUACAUCGAUGAAAAAAUACAGGAUGUCUUGGGACAUUUUCAGAAAGACUUUGAAGCUGGGGUCUCUGCAGAAAACUUGGGUGCAAAGUUUGGAGGAUAUGGUUCAUUCUUACCUACCUAUCAGCGUUCUCCUUCCAUUUUAUCUCAUCCUAGAAGUCCAAAUAAAGUGGCAAAUCAAAUUGUCGCUAAAUCUCCCUCAAACAUGUCAGUUGAGGUCACAAAGCAGAACACUUCAGUUACGUUGAGUUCAUCUUUUCCUAAAAGUAAUAAUGCAGCAGUUCCAUUAGUGGACAAUUCAUGCAAAUGGGAUAUCACUAUGAAUAAACCAAACACUCAGGACCCUAGUUUGCUGCAGACACCGUUUAUUAAGACAACCAAUUGUUCUGACCACAAAACGCUGAAGCUUCGCAUUAAAGUGGGUACUGACAACAGCUUGGCUAGAAAUAAUGCUGCUAUUUACAGUGGACUAGGCCUAGAUAUUUCUCCAUCACCAUCUUCUGAGGAAAGUCCUGAUGGAAGCAAUGGAAUUUUUCCUGAAUCGGAUAAUGCAUCUGAUGAAUCUCCCAGGACUAUUAUCCAGGUUAUGACAUGUUUUCCUAUUCCUGGUGUCCAUUUUCUUUCACCACUCCAAGAUUGUUUAUUUCACUCAAUUGAAAAAGAGCUCUCUUUGAACAAACCAUAUAAACAAGGGAAACUGUCCAAGGAAAGGUCUGAAACUACACCUGGCUUUAUUGAUUUUUCUACACAUUCAAGAGAAUCAAAUGGUCUGCUGGAGAAGCCAACUAAGUUGAGUCAGCAGAAUGGGAGGCCACAGGGAGCAAAGUCUUCCGAAGACAAAGGUGCCCUAAUCUUGAAUAGGGGAAUUGACAUAGAAGUUCAACCAGCUCAAGUGCUUGCCUCUACUUCUUUUGCUAGGGUUUCUCCCAAUUCAAAAAAUACUAAAAAAGCAGAUGGACAAAUAGGUGAAAACACUGUACACACUGAAUGCAACGCCCUGGAUCACCCAAUGGAAAUCAGAAAGGAUUUACCAAAGGAGAAUCCUGGUACUGGUCCUACAAAAGAAAAAAAGUUUGAGCUAGUUGAUAGCACAAUAAAUAAUGUGGUUGGCUAUUCAGUAAACAGAAUCAUUCAGUCAAAAAGGAAAUCAAGUGAAAAAACAAGCAUGACAGAGAGAGCAUUUGAGGAUCAAAAUACAAAUAAUCAAAAGAAUGGGAAACCUGAUCUCCAGAGAGAAGGGAGAGUCAAGGUUGAUAAAGGUUCUGAGAUUUCGAACACUGACUCAAGUGGAGAGAAGAGGAGGAAUGAGCAAGUAGCUGAAGCAAAGGACCAAAUACCUGAGAAGAAAAGAAAAGUAAUCUCAAGUCAAUCUGAUUUUGGAGAGGUUGUGAAGGACAGUGUAAGUGGAAGCUCAUCUGCAGCAUUAAAUGAAAAAAAGAAAAAAUUUCAUGGAAAAGGUGAUCAUGAGGAGAAGUCUAAAGCUCAAAAACCACUUAAAUGUCUUAGUGGGUCUGGUGCUAAGGAAUCUUAUGGAAAUAGCAACUGGGAUAUCAAAACCGAAGAGACUGGAGUUGGUUCAUCAAAUAAUUUAAAGGUUAAGAAUAAGGUCAUGAAACACAAGCAUGAAGAAUCCAUUGUGCCUUUUCGGCCAUUCAAGGAAAGGUCUGGUGGUAAAAAGAUGGGGGACACUCUAGCUUUAGGUACAUCUGCUGGUGAACCAGUUUCUGUACCAUUGACAUGCAAUGCCCCUGCUGCAGAUGCACCCAUUGCUCCUCAAGCCUCCAUUGUUAUUGAAGAGAAUUGGGUACUAUGUGACAUAUGUCAAAAAUGGCGCCUCUUACCAUAUGGCACAAAUACUGGUCAGCUGCCACCCAAAUGGCAAUGUAAUUUGCUGAAUUGGUUGCCGGGGAUGAAUAGUUGCCAUUUCAGUGAGGAUGACACAACAAAUGCUCUGCAUGCAUUGUAUGUUGCCCCUGCUUCAGAAAAUGUUGCUAGCCUAGAUGGCUUUGACCCUCCUGCUGCAAGCACAUCUUUGGCUAGUGGAAUCCAUCUUGGAGUGCCUACUACUAUGAAGAAGAAAAGUUCUCAAAAAGAUGCUUUGGUACUAAAUCAAUCAAUCUCUUCAGAGUUUCCAAAUUCUGUAAAAAAGGAUGACCAAGUCUCAGUUAAUGCUAAUCAAAAUCUGCCUGCUGAAGUUAAUUCGUCAUGUAAAGGUACAGUCAGUACUCUAGGAAGAUCAACUACUUUCAGCACAGAAAAGCGCAAGCCAAAGCAAAAAGACAAACAUAAAAAUCAUGGAUUCUAUUCAAGUGGAGGUAUUCAUAGUGAAAAAAAUGAGAAACAUUCGAAAUCAAAAAGUAAGAGAAUUGUUGAUCAAGAUGAUCUUAGAUCACCAAAGAAGCACAAGAAAGAACGCUUGCAGAGCUUAGAAUAUGAUAUGCAAGACAAUCCAACCCCAUCUAACAAAGUAAGGGAUGAUGUUCUGUGUUUUGAUAAUGGACAUAUCAAGGAGCACCUCAGUACUUCGGAUGUAAAGAAGUCCCUUAUCACAAAGAAGAAACUAUUGCACCAAGAAAGUCAGCGCAACCGGAAAGCACUUGCAACUAACCAAAAUGAGGAAAAUGGGGUCAAUAUCAAAGAAAAUUUUAGUCAAUUGGUGUGUGUUCCGGAUAAAAAGGCUGAUUUAUCAGUGUCUGAAGGAAAGAUAUCUAAGAUCAGUAACCUCAAUAACAGGAAGGAUAAAAAGCAAACAAUAUCUAGAAUGGUCUUGGUUGCCAAUGGAGAUUACAUACCUGAUGAAAUGGAUGAGGAAACCGUCAAUUUGGUUGAGAAAGACCACCCCUCAAAUCGGGGCCAGGAGAAUGCAGCAUUCUCAAGGGAUCUGGACUUUGAUUCCUUAAAGAGGAAUUCCUCAAAGUGGAGGGGUUCUAACUCUGUGCAACCUAGUUUAGCUGCUAAUUCAAGUUCUUCAAAGGUUUCUGGUUCCCAGAAAAGUAGAUCCAAUAUUCCAGAACCAAAGGGAUCUCCUGUUGAGUCAGUUUCAUCAUCACCUUUGAGGAUACCAAUUAUAGAAAAAGAAUCAAGCAAAAAGAAUUCUGAUAAAAAAUAUGCUACUCACACUGAUUCAUCUGUGUUGGGAAGUCCCAAGAGAUGUACAGCUGUUGAAGUUCACAGGGGAAAUAGACCUGCAGCAAAGUGCAGGAAGGAUAAUUGCUUUUCUUUUGAAAAACAAUCUAUUGAAGAUCAUAAGGCAGCAAAUUCUGCUAAUCUAGAUUCUUUCAGAGGGACCAUUGGCUAUUUGGAGAAGGGAAAAACCCUGUCGACUGCUGGCAAAUAUGAUGAGAAACUGCUUGUGAAACAGAGUGCUCAUGAUAAGACUUUCCCCAUUGAGAAUGGAGAUAAUCCGUACAAGGAUGAUUAUCAGGACAUAAAGAAAGCCAGUAGGCAUCACCAAAUGGGUGACCCCUUACAGCGGAUGUCUGGUAAAAGCGCUUCAGGAAUUAAAGAGAAACAUCGAGGUUCUAAGUCUGAUUCAGAAAAAAGUAGGCUUAAGGCUUCUGGUUCUCUUUCUGAUAACAAAGAUUUGAACUCUGCAAAUAAUCUGAGAAGCUACAGACCUGCGACUAUUGCUGAUUCCUGUAGGAAUGAAAAAGAUGGCACCCAUGACAAGUGUGUGAAGGAUUGCUUGGUGAAGAAGGAACACAGUUCGAGAUGGACAACAAGUAAAAUAGAUAAUAGUUUGUCAUUUGCUUUGCAGGAUCAUAUGGACAUGAAUGGUAAUUCUGUGCAUGCCAAUCAACAAAGAAAUGUAGAUUCAAAAAAUUUAGUUACUGGAGCUAGAAGUUCCAAACCAGAAAUUCAAGUGGCACCUUUAGAACAUGAGCAAAUAGUGCACCAAAAUGGUUCACAUAAGACUCGUAUCCCAGAUCUACUGACUGGACAAGAGAAGUCACUGUUCAAAUUAGCUUCUCGAGAUAAACAAGAAACUCAAGCUCGCUGUGUUGUCUCUACACCUCUCAAGCAUCAUAGAUCUGAUGGUGAGAUGGGUGAUGCAGUAACUACUGAUGCCUUGAAAGUGGUAAGACAACAGAAGCAUCCAGAUAGUCAUUGUGGAUCACACCAUACUGAUACGAGACAUGCCAUUUCUAAUGGUCCGGACACAUCCAGUCCAAUAAGAAAGGAAAACUAUACUGUUCUUAUUAAAGAAGCAAGAGAUCUUAAACACACUGCCAAUCGCCUAAAGAUUGAAGGACGAGAACUUGAAAGCACUGACCUGUUUUUUCAGGCUGCCUUGAAAUUUCUACAUAUUGCCUCUCUUAUAGAACCUGCUACUUUUGAUAGUGCUAAAUUAGCAGAAGCAGCACAAAUGUACUUUGAAACGGCAAAACUCUGCGAAUUUGUAGCCCGUGAAUGUGAGAGAAUUAAGGAGAUGGCUUCAGCUGCUCUAGCAUACAAGUGCAUCGAAGUGGCUUAUCUGAAGGCUGCAUACUGUAAAAAUCCUAAUGCAUGUAGAGACCGGCAUGAGCUGCAAGCUGUUUUUCAGUUUCUUCCUCCAGGUGAAUCACCAUCUUCUUCUGCGUCGGAUGUUGAUAAUUUAAACAAUCAGGCGUUAUUGAGUAAGAAUGUUUCAGUGAAAGGUGUAAGUUCUCCACAAGUUGCUGGCAACCAUAUUUUAGCUGCACGCCAUCAUCCUCAAGUUAUGCGUUUGCUUCAUUAUGCAAACGACCUAAACUGUGCAUUUGAAGCAACUAGGAAAAUACAAAUUUCGAUUGCAGCUGCUAGUGCCAAUCUUGACAAGGACAGGCCAGACAGCCUGUCUUCAGUGAAAAAGGCCCUCGACUUCAACUUUCAUGAUGUGGAAGGGUUGCUUCGACUUGUAAGAGUUUCACUGGAGUCUAUUGGUCGUUAGAAGCUUGUGGUUAGUUGAGAACUCCUCUGUGAAUAGACCUGUAGAUAACUUCUGCUGUUGCAGUCUCUUCAUUGGCAGACAUCCUAGGCUCAAAACUAAUUUUCUGCUGCAAGUUGAAUAAUGUUUUCCACGAAGAGACUGGGUACUUUCCAGCUCGAUUGAUUGAAUGUGUAAAGAGAAAAGCUGGCUUGCAAUUUUUUGUACAUUGGACGUUGCAGGCUUUGUUAGAUACUGACCAGGGAUUAGGAAAUGCAUAAGAGAUGAGUAUGGGUUAUAUCUAUCGUCGGUCUCCCUGUAAAAGAAGUGGAGUUUACACGAGCUGAUUGUAUCAUGGGCCCUGAUAUUCAUGUUGAUUUGUUCUGUCGAGGUUCCGCCAUAAACGUUAAAGAGAGAUGCCUGUGAACAUGACUGGAACUGGUACAGAUGCAUGAACUGCUCUAUAAAGUCACCAAGUGCUGAGGCCCAAUAACUUCUUUCAAAUACUUGAAGCCCCAUCACAUCGGAUACAACAAAUACGGUAAGUUCGUGUUAUCUCAUUUAUAUAUGAAUCCAAUUACUGGCGCCAGAUGAGCUUACUACUUGGACUUAUCUUUCUCACGUUCUGUCAUCUUGCUGGCAUGUUAUAUUUGUACUUGCAUUUUUCCAUGUUUUCUAGUUUAUCGUCAAUGAGGUAGACUGACAUUCAUGGUUUAAAGGAAUCAAUCAAGUUGUCCAUUUUCUAACAGAAUCUUCUGCUAACCAUUCAGUGAGAGGGUAUCUCGAUCCAUAACAGUGUAAAAUAUACUAACAGUAGCAGUAGCUGGGGGGCAAGAUUGCAGCAGCUAUGUUCACGUCGAUGUCAGUUUUCCUGCUGAGCUGCUUAAGUGGUUGGACGAGGCCACAAGAUGGGCAUCAACACAAUAAUGUUGUGCGAAUUGUACAGGCGAGCGUUUGGAGUUCAGAGUUCAAGCGCUGAGCCUCUUGCCCCAUGCAUAGUUAACGUCACCACUGACUAAUUCAUUCAUUUCCUUUAUAAAUUUCUAUAGUCUAUUAGUCGAGAUGAAUAUUUUUUUUUCUCCGCUGUUUGCUGUUGAUUAUUUUUACUGAAUAAAGAUGCGUUCUUUGAAAAGCUUCAAGAGAA